CCCUGACAGUGAACAACGUGGAGACCCGCGUCUCUGGAGCUUGGGUUUGGCCGUUUGCGGCGUCCGUGUGCCCUGCGCUUUCAGUGAAACCGGAAAAGUUUGGAAUAGAUGAUGAGUGACUUCAGUGAAGAAUUGACAAAGCUUGCUGGGGCUGAGGAUAACCCAGAAACGUCAGAGUUCUCUAAUACAAGAAUGCAUUUCCCAUGGCUUCAGAAGCAUAUAGAAGCAGUGGUGACUGGAGGGAAGAAGAGGAAGGAUUUUGCUCAGACGACAAAUGCUUGUCUAAGCUUCCUCCAAGAAGCCCUGCUGAAGCACCAGUGGCGUCGAGCUGCGGAGUACAUGCACAGUUACCUGCAGACCCUGGAAGACUCAGACACCUACAGGAAACAGGCUGCCCCUGAGAUCAUUUGGAAGCUUGGAAGUGAAAUUCUAUUUUACCACCCCAAAAGCAACGUGGAGACUUUUAGUAGCUUCGCUGACCGGAUGAAAAAUAUUGGUGUCUUGAAUUAUUUAAAGAUCUCCUUACAACACGCGUUGUAUCUUUUACAUCAUGGGAUGCUUGAGGAAGCAAUCAGAAAUCUAAGUGAGGCAGAGACAUGGAGAUACGGUGAAAAGUCGUCUUCUCAGGAAGUGUUAAUUAACCUUGUUCAGGCCUACAAAGGGCUUUUACAGUACUACACUUGGUCCAAGAAGAAGACGGAGUUGUCAGAGCUCGAUGAGGAUGAUUAUGCUUACACUGCAAAAUCCCGGAACAUGCUCAGCCAGAGCAGCAAGACUUCUACAAACAUCUGUACGCUGAUUAAAACCCCUGGGGUUUGGGAUCCUUUUGUGAAGAGCUAUGUGGAGAUGCUGGAGUUCUAUGGUGACCAAGAUGGAGCCCGAGAGCUGCUCACCAAUUAUGCAUAUGAUGAGAAGUUCCCGUCAAACCCCAAUGCCCACGUCUACUUAUACGAGUUUCUCAAGAGAGAGAAGGCACCAAGGGCGAAGCUCAUAAGUGUUCUUAAGAUUUUACAUGAGAUUGUGCCAUCCCACACACUAAUGUUAGAAUUCCAUACGCUGCUUAGAAAAUCAGAGACAGAAGAACACCGGAAACUGGGCUUGGCCGUGUUAUUUGAAGUCCUAGACUUCGCUGGAUGCACUAAGAACAUAACGGCUUGGAAAUACUUGGCAAAGUAUCUGAAGCAGACGUUAAUGGAAAGCCAUCGUGAGUGGGUUGAAGAAGAGUGGAAGUCCAGGAGAAACUGGUGGCCAGCCUUUCACUUCAGCUUCUUUUGGGCAAAGAGUGACUGGAAGGCAGACGCUGAGCUGGCUUGUGAAAAGGCUUUUGUAGCUGGGAUCCUUUUAGGGAAAGGUUGUAGAUACUUUCGGUAUAUUUUAAAACAAGAUCAUGAAACCUUGAAAAAGAAAAUCAAGCGGAUGAAGAAGUCUGUGAAAAAAUAUACUAUUGUAAAUCCAGGCAUUCACACCUAG